CAUUAGGUAUAUUGGUGUCCUAAUGACUAAUGUGGCUUGGUAUGAGUCACUGCAGUCUUGCUAACGUGGCUUGGUAUGAGUCACUGCAGUCGAAGCACUGGACUUGUUUUUAAAAACAACAUAAAAAGCCCAGUAAAACCUCGCUUUUGUUAGAGGACAUUGCCUGAAUUUACAAAUGGUCAUAGAGUAUGAAUAACUAUAUUACAGUUGGAUUCAUUGAAUUUAGCUGACCAAAGUAGAAAAGAAAUUCAGAAAAGCUGAAUAUUGUGUGCAAUAAAUUAUUGUCCAAUAAUGUUCAUAUAGAUUCCUGUUUUUUCAUCCUCUAAUAUAGGAAUUUUAAUUCUGACAAGAAGUAGAUUUUGACUGCAAUCAAACAGUAUUAGAAUGGCUGAGGUGAGAUUCGUUUCCAGCUUAAUCUACCAGGUCAUAAUUGUACAGAACUAUAUCAUGUGUUUUUAUUGUAGAGAUCCAUUUAGUUAAAAAAAAUAAUGAUUAUCGUAAGUUAAAAAAGAGUGUUAAGCUAUUUUAUAAGCAUCUUUUAUAUAUACACAUAACACCAACGCGGCUCUUUUUAUUUUGUCUUUCUAUUUUUUUCCUUUUAAUGAAUGAUUUUAAAAAAUGUUUUUUUAAAGAAACAACAAAUGCAUUGCCUUUAAAUUUGAGAAAACAUUUGCCGAUUAAGUUUAAUAAAAAACUUUAAAGAAUAAAUAAAAAGACGUUAUAUAAAUGUAGUUAUUCCUGCUGUGAGGGAUGUGAGAAAUUAUUGUUUUUGAAAUGCUGCAGAAAUCAUUAGGCGUCUGUAUGAAGGUAGACAUAAAUGUCUGUUCUAAUAGGGAAACAAGUUGUGGGGUGGUCGCUUCACUGGAGCUGUGGAUCCAGUGAUGGAGAAAUUUAAUGCAUCCAUUCAUUUUGACAAGCGGAUGUGGAAAGCAGAUAUUGAGGUAGGCUUUGUUUAAAAAAAAUUUUUUUUCGUCUUCACCUGGCUCCUAUUUUGUGGGUGUUUUUUCAUAUUGUUGACAGCCAAUUUUCCAAUCUGGCAGCUGUCUUUCUCCUUUAACUAAAGACUUUUGCCGAAGGGGUUUACUUCCAAGCCCAAGAAUAAUAAACUACUGGACUGACUAACUCUAACCUUAGCCCUAACCCUAAGCUUGGGAUGACUAAGCUAAGGCAGACUAUUCUGUCAUUGAAUCACUGACUGCCACACAUUUAGUUACUGUUUAAACUAUUGAUAUCAUUAGCUUGCUCGCCUGCAUAUAUUCUUUUAGGACUGAUAUACUUUUUUUUAAAAGUCAAAAAAGCACAAAACGACAAACCGUUAUGUUCAAAUAUAAGGGUGCAAGAAUAUAGAGAGAAUAAGUUUGCUGCAAUGUGUGUUUUAAGUAGGUCAAGCUCAGAAGAACUUGUUUAAUUCUUGUGAUGUUUGCUGUAGGGGAGCAAAGCUGAUAUCUUGGCACUGGAAAAGGCCAAGCUUGUCACAGCUGAUGAGAGGAAUGACGUCUAUGAGGGUCUAGAAAAGGUGAGUGAACUAAUGAAGGCUUUAAAAAUAAAAUAUAUAAACUCUUGUGAUAUCAGGGAGGUUACAUGUAACCACAUCCAUUUGGUCUUGUUAGCUAUUUCAUCCAUAGUUUGAAACAUAAAGAUAGACUCCAAGCCAUGGUUUGAAACACAGGGAUAAUCUCUCAGCCGUAAUUUGAAACACAUGAACAAACUCCCACAUUCCAGCCAUAGUUUGAAACACCAGGAUAAGCUCCCAAAUCCAAUGCGAACGUUUGAAACAAAAGUACAAAGUUCCACAUCCCAGCAACAGUUUGAAACACAAGAACAAACUCCAACAUCCCAACCAUAUUUUGAAACACAAGGAUAAUAUCGCACAUCUUUGCCACAGUUUGAAACACAAGAACAAACAGCCACAUCCCAGCCAUAGUUUGAAACACAAGGAUAAUAUCGCACAUCUUUGCCACAGUUUGAAACACAAGAACAAACAGCCACAUCCCAGCCAUAGUUUGAAACACCAGCUUAAUCUCCCACAUCACCUUACAACUCCAGUUACAAGGACAAACUCAUUGUUAUGAACAACUGAUCAUUGUUAUUCCUUUUCUACCUUUGUAUACAAUUCAGAUCAGCCUCAGCCAAGUCCAUUCUUGUUUCACUAUUUUCCAAAGAAUAAAAGUCUCUAUAUUUAACCAUAUAUAUAUAUAUCUAUUGUAUCCUGGAGUGUUAUGAAUUUAACUUGGAAUUUUAAUUGAAACCCAAUAGGUCUAUUUUUUGUCUAAAUUAUUUUUGUUACCAGCUCUCAACGCUGAAGGAAGACUUGCAAUUAAUGGUAUUAGCCUCACUUCCUCUUGAUUAGUAGAUGAUAGGAAUUUUAUAACUGAAAAAAUAUUUAUCUGUGGUAAUAAUAUAGUGAUUGAAUAUUGGUGUAAACCUUUACUCCAGUGGUCAUCAAACCCAUUGCACCAGAGCUACACGUGGCUAUUUGAAGAAAUAUUUUCACUUUUUUUUAUUUUUCCUCCACCCUUUUUAUUUUUUAAUUUAUUUUUAUUUUACGAAUCUACAAUGACAGGUGCCUACCAACAAAUUUUUAAAACUAAUUUAGUUUGUAAAAAUGGCUCCUCACUCAAAAAAAAAAUGUUGCAGACCACUGCUAGAUGAAGAUAAAAGUCAUUUAUCAUCAACAAUUUAAUCUGAAUAAAAAUUUGUUGAAAAUUUUAUUUUGGAAAGCAUUUUUUUUGUCAUGUUGACAAUUAUACAUUUUUGAUUAAAGGUUGUUUUUUUUUUCACUUUAAAUUGACUAUGACAAAUAUCAAAGAACUAGAUCUAACUGAGCUUAAUUUUCUUGCCUUAAAAUUGACAGGAACCAUUUGAAAAAAAAAAGCAAGAAUCUCAUGUUUUCAUCUUACAUGCAGACACUAAUUUUUAACAGGUGAAACAUGAAUGGGAAGCUGGCACUUUUGAAAUCAGACCAGGAGACGAAGAUGUGCAUACAGCCAAUGAAAGGAGGCUGAAAGUAGGUAACCAAUGAUUAGGUUUCGUGUCAUGUCAGCUCAAUGUUGGAUGCGUAAGCAGGAGAAGGGAAGUGUGUGUGUGUGGGGGGGGGGGUGUACAAGGUCAAGGGGUCGAAGUACAGGGCCAUUAAAUUUUCUCAAUGAGGCUGUAUGAGGCAAAUUUUUAAUAAAAUCUAAUGUAUAUGUUUAUUUAAACAUAAAUGUAUGUUUUUGAACAUCUCUGCAGGAACUGAUUGGUCCAGUUGGGGGAAAACUGCACACUGGCCGAAGCCGCAAUGACCAGGUAGCAACGGACAUGAGGCUGUGGUUCAAGGACAGCACCAAAGUACUGACCAAACACAUUACAGACCUGGUAAAAGUCAUGACAGAGCGGGCUAAAGCGUAAGUAGAAAUAUGAAGUAGCUGUACGUGAAAGUGGGAAGAAAUAUCGCCAACUGUUUCUCGAACUCUUGCUUUGCAACAAUAAAUGAAGGCCAUGCUGGCCAACCCCCCCCCCCCCACCUUUAAAAAAAAAAUUUCCUCUUUAAUUUCCAUCAGGGUGCACUUCAACUGGGUCAUAGGUUGGGGGGUAUCUGCUCCGAAGUAUAUGUGAUCAAAACUGUCUUCCUGUUGAUUUCUGGAUGAUCAAUAGGUCAGAUGAAGUGAUGAACACCGACAAUAGGUAGCAGUAAUUAUUUAACAACGUUUCUGUUCUACUCCAAUCUUUGCUGUCAACGCUUUUUAUAUAGCUAAAUUAUUGCUUUUUAAAAAUUAAAAAAAAAUUCAUGCUACUUUGGUAUGUUUGAACUUCGCAGGGAAGUGGACCAACUUAUGCCCGGCUACACGCACCUCCAGAGGGCACAACCCAUCAGAUGGAGCCAUUGGAUUCUGAGGUUUGUAUACUCUUGGGAAUAUUUUUGGCCUGAUGCAAUCAUGUUAUGCAAAUGUUAUACAGUCAUGUUAUGUAAUUGUUAUACAAUAUUAUUAUGUAAUUGACAGAUCUGAUACAUUCUUGUUAUGUAAUUGUUAGAUCUGAUACAACCUUGUUAUGUAAUUGUUAGAUCUGAUACAACCUUGUUAUGUAAUUGUUAGAUCUGAUACAACCUUGUUAUGUAAUUGUUAGAUCUGAUACAACCUUGUUAUGUAAUUGUUAGAAUGUUUAGAAUACAUUUUAACGAAAAAUGGAAGUUCAUUUUGUAAAAUUUAAUUUGCGGGCAAUUUUAAUGGGGAAACAUUCAGAUGACUUAUCUCAAUAACUAAUUUAGUAAUGCUUUUAAAAUAAAACUUAUCUGGUCUGUUAAUUUGUAUGAUUAUUAAAUUUUAAAAAAUUUAUCUACUUCUUGAUUAUGCUGUACUGUGUCAAUCAGUCAAUCCCAGUUCUUCCUCUUCUAUAUUUUGAGGGCCCACGUUCAAUGUAUUGAUCAUUCUGGCUCCAGUUGCAUGUCAUUGUUCUGGUCUGUGUCAUUGGUCUAUCUUCAAAUACAUUGUGUUUUUUUUUAUUCAUGUACCUCUAACAUAUCAGUUUAAACAGUCAUCAACAGGUCUUUUAUUCCAAGCCUAACAUUUGAAUGUAUCAUUUGCUUAUCAAUCAGUUAUGCAGCAAUGUUACAAAGAGAUGUGGAGAGAUUGCUUCAGAUUUGUCACAGAGCAUCCACUUUAGUCUUGGGGAGGUAAGCAUGUCAUAAGACUAGUUGUUUAAAAAAAAUUAAUUUCAGUCUCAUCACCCGCAGCCCCCACGUGCAAAAUCAAAGUAUCAUAAUUCGUUUUUAUUGACCACAUUUUUACACCUUUCUACAGCUAGAGACUUAUCAAAUAUUUAAAAAAAAAUGAAAUCCUUUGUUUUUUUUUUUUUUUUUUUUUUUUUUUUUUUUUUUUUUUUUUUUUUUUUUUCUAUUCUAAAAAUUUUUUUUUUUUUUUUUAUAUGUAAUUGUUAGAUCUGAUACAACCUUGUUAUGUAAUUGUUAGAUCUGAUACAACCUUGUUAUGUAAUUGUUAGAUCUGAUACAACCUUGUUAUGUAAUUGUUAGAUCUGAUACAACCUUGUUAUGUAAUUGUUAGAUCUGAUACAUUCUUGUUAUGUAAUUGUUAGAUCUGAUACAACCCUGUUAUGUAAUUGUUAGAUCUGAUACAACCUUGUUAUGUAAUUGUUAGAUCUGAUACAUUCUUGUUAUGUAAUUGUUAGAUCUGAUACAACCCUGUUAUGUAAUUGUUAGAUCUGAUACAACCCUGUUAUGUAAUUGUUAGAUCUGAUACAACCUUGUUAUGUAAUUGUUAGAUCUGAUACAACCUUGUUAUGUAAUUGUUAGAUCUGAUACAACCUUGUUAUGUAAUUGUUAGAUCUGAUACAACCUUGUUAUGUAAUUGUUAGAUCUGAUACAACCUUGUUAUGUAAUUGUUAGAUCUGAUACAACCUUGUUAUGUAAUUGUUAGAUCUGAUACAACCUUGUUAUGUAAUUGUUAGAUCUGAUACAACCUUGUUAUGUAAUUGUUAGAUCUGAUACAACCUUGUUAUGUAAUUGUUAGAUCUGAUACAACCUUGUUAUGUAAUUGUUAGAUCUGAUACAACCUUGGUAUGUAAUUGUUAGAUCUGAUACAACCUUGUUAUGUAAUUGUUAGAUCUGAUACAACCUUGUUAUGUAAUUGUUAGAUCUGAUACAACCUUGUUAUGUAAUUGUUAGAUCUGAUACAACCUUGUUAUGUAAUUGUUAGAUCUGAUACAACCUUGUUAUGUAAUUGUUAGAUCUGAUACAACCUUGUUAUGUAAUUGUUAGAUCUGAUACAACCUUGUUAUGUAAUUGUUAGAAUGUUUAGAAUACAUUUUAAAGAAAAAUGGAAGUUCAUUUUGUAAAAUUUAAUUUGCGGGCAAUUUUAAUGGGGAAACAUUCAGAUGACUUAUCUCAAUAACUAAUUUAAUAAUGCUUUUAAAAUAAAACUUAUCUGGUCUGUUAAUUUAUAUGAUUAUUAAAUUUUUAAAAAUGUAUCUAUAUCUUUAUUAUGCUGUACUGUGUCAAUCAGUCAAUCACAGUUCUUCCUCUUCUAUAUUUUGAGGGCCCACGAUCAAUGUAUUGAUCAUUCUGGCUCCAGUUGCAUGUCAUUAUUCUGGUCUGUAUCAUUGGUCUAUCUUCAAAUACAUUGUAUUUUUUUUAUUCAUGUACCUUUAACAUAUCAGUUUAAACAGUCAUCAACAGUUUAAACAGGUCUUUUAUUCCAAGCCUAACAUUUGAAUGUAUCAUUUGCUUAUCAAUAAGUUAUGCAUCAAUGUUACAAAGAGAUGUGGAGAGAUUGCUUCAGAUUUGUCACAGAGCAUCCACUUUAGUCUUGGGGAGGUGAGCAUGUCAUAAGACUAGUUGUUAAAAAAAAUAAUUUCAAUCUCAUCACCCACAGCCCCCACGUGCAAAAUCAAAGUAUCAUGAUUCGUUUUUAUUGACCACAUUUUUACACCUUUCUACAGCUAGAGACUUAUCAAAUAUUUUAAAAAAAUGAAAUCUUUUUUUUUUUUUCUUCAUGGUUUGUUUUAUGAUUUACCAUACCAAAAAUUGAUUUAUGUUUUCUAGUGGUGCUCUGGCUGAAAAUCCAAUUGAUAUUGACAAGGAAUUCCUCAGAGAAGGUAUAUUUAUUUUGCUAGUUUUAUCAAAUAAAAUAUCUUGUGUACUAUGUAAGGAUGGUCAUGUUUUGAAAUGAUAAAUGUUUAUAUCACUUACUCCCAUUGUUGGCUUUCUUUUUGAUAACCAUUUAAAGCGCAUGAACAGUCUGGAUGCAGUCAGUGACAGGGAUUUCAUUGGUAAAUUGUUUUCUACAAAAUUUUAUUUAAUUCAGCAAUAGAGCAUAAAAACUAUUUAUAACUACUACAGAAGAUAUUUUUAGUUCAUUUAGAAGAUUUAGUAUUUUUUAAAAAAAAUGAAAUAAGAAGACUUAGAUAUCAUUGAACAUAUGGAGCUGGCGAGAGAGCACUGAAGUUUUUCUGAAAAAAGUUUGGCUGUCUUUAAACUCUUGUUUCAAAACAUUGACCCUGCUUAAGGACAUUUAAAUUAAAUACAGUAUGAUUUAGGUACCAUUUCCCAUUUUUUUUUUAAUGUAAAGAACUGCACUCCUGACACAGUUAUUAUUUUGAAUGUGAGACCCACUGAUGGGAGAUGGUUAAACACAGUGAAAACUCUGUAUCCCAUGUGCUUUGUGACAUGGAGUGUUUUGAAUGAGACAAAUAAGUCUGGCCAAUCAGUGUUUUUGAUUUGGUCAUGUGAGUGAGUGAGAGAUUGACUUUGGGGUAGUCGUGAUGAAAAAUUUGAAGUGAGAGGAGAUGAGAUUUUGUGAUGAUGCUGGACUUUAAUGAUUUAUUUUUAGAUGUGAUGGUUUUUGAGUCAGUGAAUUGAGAAUGAAAUAUAUACAAGGAAUUAAAAGUGUGCAUUUUCUCCUGACUCAUAUUUAUAUAUUUAUUCUCUUGGGUUGUUGUAAUCAUCCGAACAAUAAAGUAAAGUCACUAAAUGAAACAGCAACAUCUUGUGCAUUAUUUAUAACAGUGACAGCUGCCUUGAAAUGAGUCAUCCCCACCCCUCUUCCUUUCCCACACUAUUCUCUUCCUUAGCUGAGUUUUUGUUCUGGGGCUCUCUGCUGGGAGUACACCUUAGCCGUUGGGCUGGGGAUCUCAUUCUGUAUUCAACCAAAGAGUUCAACUUUGUUACUCUCUCAGAUGCAUACAGGUUGGUUAUAUUUUUUUUAGUGAAAUAGAACACAAAUUAAAAAAAAGAAAGCAACAACACAGCCAAACAUCAAGUUUCUUUUUUUUAAAAUCAGGCUUUUGUGUAUAAAAAAUAAAAUUCUCUCUAUGCUCACUACUGUCAAUGCAUCUAAUGUGCCAUAAAUGUUUGGUUGAAUAAUUUGACCAGAAAGUUUUAUUUGAUACUUUGAUAAUUCUUUUUUUUUUGUGGUAGUAAUUAGCCUGUAAAGUUUCUGUCCUUGGUGUGUGAUGCUUGCACAAUACAGCAAAAUUUUCUUUUGGUUUAAUUCUGUAUUAUCAAGUGUUAACUCAACCAUCUUAUCUCUAUUAUUCCAGCACUGGUAGCAGCUUGAUGCCACAGAAAAAGAACAGUGACAGUUUGGAGCUUAUUAGAGGAAGGGCAGGCAGACUCUAUGGAAAUGUGAGUCAUAGUGUUUUAUUGGAGUGCAGUGGUUCUUAAACUUUAAUAAUUUGAGGAUAGCAGGACAGCAUUUCAUGACAUAUUGUUUAGUGACCAACAUUAACUAUAAAGGGAGUUAAUGGGGAUUUUUUAAAGCGUAAAAUAGGUAGAUCUUUUCCCCCCCACCCUUAAAGAAAGUUCAAUGUCGGAACUGGGUCUUCAGACCCAAUUUUAAGAACCUCUGUGACAUAAUCACUGUUGUCUAAUUUUUAUGGAAUAUUUAGGUUAAAGCCCUGACAAUUUAUAUCAUGUUAUGUCCAAGUACUUCAAAAUUACACAUUGGUGAAACCUGGCUGGCUAUAAAAAAAUUUUGUUUGUCAGGUUUAACUUAAAUUUCAUAAUGUUCUUAAACCCAAUUAACUUCAAAACAAUUGAUCCACAAUUGAUAUUUACUAAAUAAUGAUGUCGCCACUUCCUUUAUCAGCACUGUGUAAUGUGUGCAAGGGGGAGUAUAUAAAAUACUUCUAACUGUGAAAUGUAAUUGAGAAAAAAUAUCCUUCAAGUAUCCAGCAGUUUUUAUGGUUGCUGUAGAAUAUCCAUUUAUUAUGUACUUUGUACUACAGUGCACAUCCUUCAUGAUGACUCUUAAAGAAAUACCAAGCACAUACAAUAAAGUAAGUAUACCACUCCAAAAAGUUGGCAAAAAUUCACAUCUUCUUCCCCCCCCCCCCCCGCCCCCCCCCUCUCCCCCCCAUGCUAUAAAAAAUUUUGAGACUAUUGUGUUGUUGGUUUAAAACAGUUUUUUAAACAAUAACAAUAAUUUCGGCAGUUGGAUUUAUUUAUCCAAGUAGUUAUUCGUUUACAAGGGCAAUAUAAAUUAUCUCUCGUGUUCUGGCAGAUAUAGAAUCUUUUAUUUGACGUCUGCAAGUUCAAGAUAAUUUGAUUAUUUCAGCAAAGGAAAAAAAAUAAAUGAAGAUUGUUCUUAAUUAGUUUUGUUAGUGUUCAAAUUUACAAUUACACUUGUUAUCUUGAAAGUUAAUCUGUUCCUCAGAAAUGUAUUGUUUUUAUUUAAACUUGUCAAAAAACUGAUUCAAAACCAAAUGAUCUCCCAUGUCCAGCAAGACAACGAAGCGAUGUUUGACACUUACGAUACAAUUUGUGCAGUAUUACAAAUAGCCACAGGUGUCCUGUCAAGCCUCAAGGUAGCAAUAACAUUUAGAGUAGUGAUAAAAAAAUUUUUUAAAGAUCAUUUUCCAAAGUGCUUUGCAUGCUUUCAUUUUCAAUAAUUUAAAAGAAAAAUAUUCUUUGAGUUGGAAGAAAUGUAAAAUGUUUAUUUUAAUGUCUUUAGGUUUUAAUAAAGAAUUUACAUUAUUUUUUUUGUAUUAAGUUUUACAAAAAGGGCUAUGUUUAUGUAUUAUUACUUGAUUUCACUUGUUUUAGAUCCAUCCUGAUAAGAUGGAGGGUGCUCUCAGUUCUGACAUGCUAGCCACAGAUAUUGCAUAUUAUCUAGUCAGAAAAGGGGUAUGUUAACUCUGUUUGUCCCUCUGAUAUGAUACUCUGUUUCUUCCUGAAAGUUGUUAGCUUUAUUGUUCACCUGACAUACCAUAAGUGAACUUUUAUAGCUGGCAUGUGACAGUGAUCAUUUAUUGGUAGUAAAUGUGACAUAUAUAUAAUUUAUAUAUAUAUAUAUAUAUAUAUAUAUGUUAUAUAUGCAGCUAGUGAAGGUGAAGGCAUCUUUAGUUGUUAAAAAAAUUAAAACUAAUAAAUCAGUAAUGGCGACCCACACCCAUUGGUGUCAUGUAUCUUAUUAGCCAGCCAAUGGCUGUUUCCCAGAUAUAUUUAAAUGUUCUCAGAAAUGGGAUAUCUCACAUGCAGACCUUUUAUUUGUCAACUUGUAAUACUUGUAACAUAUCAAAUCUCAUAUCCUCCAUAUUGGGCAUGCCUUUCAAUCUGUUACAUAUCUUAGCCUCCAAGAUACUCCUUUAAAUUCUGACUUAUCUUAGCCUCCAAGAUACUUCUUAUUUGUUACAUAUCUUAUCCUCCAAGAUGCCCCUUAUUUGUUACUUAUCUUAGCCUCCAAGACACUUCUAAUUUGUUACUUAUCUUAGCCUCCAAUAUACUCUUUAUUUGUUACUUGGCCUCAAUGAAAAUCAUGUAGGCCUAUUAAGUCUUCUGACAUAUAUUUUUUCUUCUACAAAACAGAGUAAUCUCCAUCAAAUUUUGUAUAUAUUGAUUGUUGAUUGCACUUAUUUUCCUAUUCCAGUUGCCUUUUGGUGAGGCCUAUGGCAUGGCUGGUCUCUGCACAGCCCUGGCCGAGAAGCAGGGCAUUUCAGUGUCUCAACUGUCUCUUAAAGAUUUCCACUCAAUCAGGUGAUCAUAACGUCCCACCAUGUUUUAGUUUAAUGCAGUGCCACGAUUGUAGAAAAUAAAUCAUCACUUCUGGCUAGCCUUUAUCUUUUACAAUAUUUUUUUUUGAGAAGUUGUUUAGUGGUGUUGAGGGCAGUCAUUACAGAAGCUGCCAAGCUGUCAUAUGUAUAUAUAUAUAUAUACAUAUAUAUAUAUAAGUUAAAAGGCUUAACUCAUUUCGCCCUAACUGAAUUAUGACCAUUUAAAAAAUUGGUUAUAAGAAAAUUAUGUUUAACUAGUUGAUAGAUGGAAGCUAUUUUUUUAAACACAGCCUAAAUAUGACUUAUUGUUAGAAGUAUUCAUUCGGCCCGGCUCAUCAUAGUAUGAAGACUUUUGAGUUUUGAUUUAAAAAAGGCCUGUCUACAAAUAUUUAAUUUGAUUAGGCAAAAGAUUAUCCUAUCAGCUUUUGGACUUUUUAAAAUAGUUACUGGCACCAAAUAAAUGGAUGACUGGUGGUGUGAGCAUUAGUUGGAAAUGAGUUUUUGGAAAAAUCUUCGGAAGGACCCAUUUUCAGUCAUCCUUUCGAGCUGAAAUUCGGCACAUAGACUCGUUGCUGAUGACAACAAAUUCUUUCAAAUUUUCAGUCCAGCCCCACCUCCAAAAAUCAGUUUUUCCCUGUUUUUAAAGGGGAAGAUGACUGAAACAGGAUUUGUUCAAUUGUUGUGUGUUUUUGUGAUUAAUUGUUUAGCUGUUGGUAUGUGCUCUGUAUUUGCGACAUAUUUGGGUACGCAGUAAAAAUAAAAUGUAUUUUUGAAAGGGAAAAUGAAGGAAAUUUGAAACUGUUUUUGUAUGAAGUUUACUCAUUUACAUCUCCGCUUUUUAAUAAAUGAUAAAUCACAUACAAUUACAAAACUGCAAAUAAAGGAUAUACACGAAUAACUUUGUAUUUUUGGGGUUGUUUUAUUUGUAUUGUGCUUUGUAAGCAUUCAUUUGUUUAAAAAUGGUGCAUUUAUAACUCGGAAUCUUAAGUCUUGUUUAUUCUAAUAUCUGUUGUACCACUGUCAAAUUUACUGUAAUCCCUUUUGUUUUUACCACACAGUCCACUCUUUGACGAUGAUGUAAACAAAGUUUGGGACUAUGCUAACUCUGUUGAGCAGUACAAGGCAACGGGCGGGACAUCAAAGUCCAGCGUCGAGGGUCAAAUUGCACACCUGGAGUCAUGGCUUGCAGAGGUCGCCAAGUCUCAAGAGAAAUGAGUACACUCUAUUUGUAUGGGUGAAAUUCAACCUUAACAGACAUGUCUGUGUAGGGUCUCUGCAUGAUCUGCCCCUUUGUUAUUGAAACCUUAAGAAAACGUUAGGCACAUGUAAGUCGUGUCACCAAAGCCUUGCUUUUGUAUCUCCUCAAUUCCUUUUUUUCCUUCUUUGUUUGUUGCUGUAACACACAUGCUCUGACAUCAUUAUCAUUGUAACUUAUUUCUUAGGCUGUGGGUUAUGUCAGUAGCAUGGUUACUUGUUUUAAGUUAGUAAUUCAGAAUGCCGGCUAAGACUUCAUCGUUCUUCCUCUUGUUAUCCAGGCACGCAAAUAAGAAUACUGAAUCCUGGUUAAACUUACAGUACUUUAUUAAAUCACAAUUUACACAGAUAAUAUUAAUAAUAAUCCUACGUACUUACAUUAGUAAACACAUAUAUAUAUAUAAUAUUCCAUCACUCAGAAAGACACGUCCUCACACUGCUAUAACUCAGCUCAACUGUACUACAUCUCAACUCUAACUCAACUCCGACUAACUCUGACUCUCCUGCGCUCAGCUCUCCUUAUCUCACUCAUACUUUAUUACCAGCAAAGCGUGGAAAACAACCGCUCUGACAAAAACAUAAUUUUACUCUCCAAAAACGUGGAGCUCACAUUGUCCUCUCAAAAUACAAUUCAUUGUCCUCGUGGACAAACCUGGUCAACACUAUUCACUGUUCACUCAUGCUACCUCUCUGUUUUCAUGUGAAAACAUAGUCCGUUACAGUUACAGAGGAAAAAAAAUCACCUCCUGGCUUUAGUAAACAGUACUGAAUUUUUGUUGUUGUUAGUUUAUCUUCACUAUUGUAUCUUUUUACUUAAUAAAAAAAAAAAAAGUAUUGUUUGAAUUAUAAGCAUUCCAAUUUGCAUUUAUAUAAUUACAUUUUUGAUUCCUUAUCUUAUAAUUUAAACACUUUUCUCUUCAUUUGAUUUGAAUCAAUGUAUUGGGCAUGUUCCAUUGCAGUCACUACCUCACCAUCUGAUCCUCACCAAAGAGUGUUCUAAAUUUUCCUGCUGUGGCAAAAUGUAAUGUAAUGGUAACUCAUCUAUAGAUAAUA